AAAUAAUGUAAUGUACCGUUUACUUUGAGAAUGAUAUUUUUUUAUUGGAAUUUGAACAAAAAAAAACAUAUCUUCAUGUUUCAGUGUUGGACAGCGGCAGUUGUUGUGUCUUGCUCGAGCCCUUCUACGCCGUCCGAAAAUUCUAGUUUUGGACGAAGCAGCAGCUGCUGUUGAUGCAGAAACCGACUCCUUGCUGCAACGAACCAUUCGCGAACAAUUCGCCGACUGUACAGUACUGACUAUUGCUCAUCGUCUGAAUACGGUGAUGGACUGUGAUCGACUAUUAGUUCUGGAUGCAGGUCGAGUAAUCGAAUUCGAUUCACCUAGCGCACUUUUAGCGAAACAGGACGGCUUAUUCCGUUCGAUGGCAGAAGAUGCUGGUAUUGUUGGAUAA